CCUCCGCUCCAGGGAUCUCCAAACACUUGACAAAUCUGAUCCCGUGCCAAGGACAGGUGGUCACACUGUCCCUGGGAGACUGAGUGAUGAUGGAUCCCCAGCUGGAAGCCGCAGGGGCCUUCUGGAGCCCAAGGCUGCCCACCUUCCGUCUUCUGCCACUGUCCGUGGCUUGUGCACGUGCCCUGCACUGAUUGUUUGCUUAGGAAAGCGCCAUGCAGCUGGAGAUCAAAGUGGCCCUGAACUUCAUCAUCUCCUACUUGUACAACAAGCUGCCCCGGCGCCGGGCAGACCUGUUUGGGGAGGAGCUAGAGCGGCUCUUAAAAAAGAAAUAUGAAGGCCACUGGUACCCUGACAAGCCACUGAAGGGUUCUGGCUUUCGCUGCGUCCACAUUGGGGAGAUAGUGGACCCUGUGGUGGAGCUGGCCGCCAAGCGGAGCGGCCUGGCGGUGGAGGAUGUGCGGGCCAAUGUGCCUGAGGAGCUGAGCGUCUGGAUCGACCCUUUCGAGGUGUCCUACCAGAUUGGUGAGAAGGGGGCUGUGAAAGUGCUAUACCUGGAUGACAGCGAGGGCUGUGUUGCCCCAGAGCUGGACAAGGAGAUCAAGAGCAGCUUCAACCCUGAUGCCCAGGUAUUUGUGCCCAUUGGCAGUCAGGACAGCUCCCUGUCCAACUCCCCAUCGCCAUCCUUUGGUCAAUCUCCCAGCCCCACCUUCAUUCCACGCUCCGCCCAACCCAUCACUUUUACUACUGCCUCCUUCGCUGCCACCAAGUUUGGUUCCACCAAGAUGAAGAAGGGCGGAGGGGCAGCCAGUGGUGGGAGCGUGGCCAGCGGUGGGGCAGGUGGCCAGCAGCCCCCACCGCAGCAGCCUCGCCUGGCCCGCUCUCCCACCAACAACCUGCUGAAGCACAAGAGCCUCUCCCUGUCUAUGCACUCACUGAACUUCAUCGCCCCCAACCCGGCCCCUCAGUCCCAGCUCUCGCCCAAUGCCAAGGAGUUUGUGUACAAUGGCGGUGGCUCGCCCAGCCUCUUCUUUGAUGGGGCCGAUGGCCAGGGCAGUGGGGCCGGCACCUGCAACAGCAGCAGCUUCGACAUGACCCAGGUGUUUGGAGGCGGUGCCAACAGCCUCUUCCUGGAGAAGACGCCCUUCGUGGAAGGCCUCAGCUACAACCUGAACACCAUGCAGUAUCCCAGCCAGCCGUUCCAGCCCGUCGUGCUGGCCAACUGACCACCCCCCUGCCUGCGGGGCCAGGAGCACCCAAGACCACAGAAGAGAAAAAGGAAAGGAAAGGCCAAAAAAAGAGGAAAAGAAAUAUAUGAAAAUAUUCCCAAUCUUCUCACUCUCACUUGUAGAGAAAAGAGGCAGCGAGGCACCUGAAUCGUGUUUAACUCAACCUCCUUGCUGUUUUCCUGCCUGCCUAUGAUUUAUUUGGUUGGUUUGGGGUUUGUUUUUUCUGUUGUUUUUUUCCUUACAUGUAGUUUUCUAUAUAACAUCUUUAAUUAGUGGCUUCCUGUGCUAA